AUGCCCAAAAACGUUUCAUCGUUAGACAGCGAUCUGUCGGAGCUGCGGGCUUCAAAAUACGACGGCGCAUCGACCGCAGAAGUGUCGGCAUGGAUCUCAACGGUCAUUGGCGAAGAACUCCCCAAGGGGGAAGAUCUGAUGGACACACUCAGAGACGGAACCAUUCUAUGCAAGCUGGCAAACACCAUCAAGCCUGGCUGUGCGACAUCCAAAAAGUCUUCCAUGCCCUUUGUUCAAAUGGAAAAUAUUGCCAGCUUUCUCAAGGCUGCUUCUUUUCUGGGAGUCCCUCAACAUGAGCUAUUUGAAACCGUCGACAUGUACGAGCUGAGAGACCCUGCCCAGAUUCUUGUGUGUCUCAAGGCGCUGUCUCGACAUGCCCAUAAGGUCAAUCCCGACAUUCCUGUCAUGGGCCCUAAGCUUGGAACUCCUAGCCCCAACGCUGGAAAGAAGAACUUCAAGGCGGACACGUCAGGGCCCGCUUGGAACACUCAUCAGUAUGGCUAUCUUGGAGGAGCGUCUCAGGGAUCGGAGAAGUUGGUUUUUGGCGGUCGAAGAGAUAUAAUGACCGACGAGAAGACCGAAGAGUCCAAGAAGAUCAACAUCAACUUUGGAUCCGGCGGUUCUGGAGGGUCCAAUGACACCAGUGGUAGCCCAGCGACCAAGAAGGGACCUCCUCCCAUUCCCUCCAAGCCAAAGCACUUGAAGGGUUUCGAUCAAGGUGAGCAUGAAGAAGAUGAAGACGAUGAGGUGGAGGAUAUGAAACUGCACAUGCUCAAGAGCAAACAGCAGACGGCACAGGCGGUGGAGGAGUAUGAUGCGUCGGUAUACGCCUACGACGACGUGUACGAAGAUAUGCACAACACCAAACCGGAACCCAAGACUCAACUAACGCAGUCUAAACACCUGGAUGGUUUAUUAGAAGCCAAGAGGAAACGAGAGGAGGAUCGAUUGGUGGCCACAGAGGUGAAAUUGAAACGCCAGCGAGCCAACGAGGGCGAUCUGUACGAUGAUAAAGAGAAGUUUGUCACCCCGGCAUACAAGAGACAGCAGGAAGCACUCAAGAAGGAGAGAGAAAAGGAGGCCAAGGAAAGUAGAAGUGUUUCAUCUUUUUAUGAUACGGUUGAGGCAAUGGCUGGGAAAGGGGCAGGUGAGGAGACUUCACCGGUGCCUACAACAGAAGCACCAACGAAUUCGGCACCACAAGCAACAUUUACAAAUCCAAAGCCCUUACCUGUUUCAGCACCAGCUCACACUGAAAAGAUGGACAAGGUGGCUGCUGCUCGAGCUCGGUUUUUGGAGCGCAAGAAGGGUAUUAAAUAG